AUGGCAAGAUCAGUGCCAAAUCUUGCCUUCAUGGGGGAGUGUGACAUGGUAGGGAAGCAGUUGAAGGAUUAUGUUAAGUCAGAGUGUGCAGACUUUGAGUCAGCUAUAACUAUACUAGAAAGACUGUUUGUGAAAACACCAAAUGAAGUUUUUGCUAGGCAUUUACUUGCAACAAGGCGGCAGAAGCCAGGUGAAUCACUUGACGAAUUCUUGAGAGAAUUAAGGAAGUUAAGUAAAGACUGGAAUUUAAAAGCUGUCAGUGCUGAUCAAUAUCGUGAGGAAUUAAUUUGGGAUGCCUUCAUCAAUGGUCUUUCUUCAGCUCACAUAUGCCAACGGCUCCUAGAGAACAACAUGCUUGACUUACAAGGUGCCUACAAUCAAGCUUAUUCCUUGGACCUUGCACAAAGGAAUGCUGAAGCCUACGCUUCUCUGACUGCACACACUGCCGUUACUGUUACCCCUCAGAAUCCACCGACAUCACAAGUUCUUCACUCAACUGCAGUGGUAAACCUGAAGUCUUUGGAAGAGGAUGCCAUGCACAGCUCACCUGAUGUUUCUGAAAAGUCAGCAGUUGCCGCUACCUACAAUGUACGAAAGAAAUGCUACUUUUGCGGAGGACCAUAUCAUGCUAGAAGUACUUGCCCAGCACGUGAAGCUACCUGUCAUAAAUGUUCUGGGAAGGGACAUUUUGCCUGA